ACUUCUUCCCCAGACGACAAUGGAAGAGGCUUCUUCCCCGCCACCGUCACUCGAUAUCACAUCCCACCUUCCGCUCCAGUUGAUCAAAUCCGAGACAAUUCCACCUGCCCCGACCCGCUCCGGUACCGCAUCCGGGCCCAUCGCCGAUUUUCUACCGGAAUUCUCCGGGCACUCAUGGAUCGCAUACGGAGCCUCUUCUCUUCUAGUGAUCUCUCACUUCCCAAACCCUUUAUCGGAGGCCGAAACAAAAAUUGGCCCUAUUUAUCGGCAAGUAAUCGAGCUAUCUCGGCAGCCUGCAGAUCAUGUCUCCGCAGUGUCUUGGUCAAGUGCCACACCUUCCGUCGGUGAGCUCGCCGUGGCAUUGGGUGAUUCUAUAGUGUUGUUCACAUGUAAUGAAGAUGAAACUUCGAGCAGUUCUUUUUGUUGGAGCCAGACUGCUAUACUCGUGCAAUCCGUGAAGGUGGAGGCUAUCCAAUGGACAGGUUCCGGAGAUGGAAUAAUCUCAGGAGGCAUUGAGGUGGUAAUGUGGAGAAGGAAGCAGGAAUCAUGGGAAAUAGCAUGGUCAUUCAAACCAAGAGUUCCUCAAGCUCUUGUCUCUACCACCUGGUCCGCUGAUGGGUUUUCGGCGACUGCACCUUGGAGUGAAGUUCAAGUAAGAGUUUCAUCUUCUCCAUCCAACGAUGCAAGAAAGUGUGUUUUAGUUUAUCAAGGCGACAGCCAUUCUCUAUACCCACAAGCUGAGCUGCACCAUCCAAUGCCUGUUAGGAUGAUACAGUGGAGACCAUCAACAGGGAAACCAUCAAGUAGACCUGUCAGGCAUGCACUGAGGCCGGUCUUGUUGACUUGCUGCCUUGAUGGAGCUGUUAGGUUAUGGGGUGAAUUUGAUGACGGGAGGACUAAAAGAGCUGGAAAGGAUAACAUCACAAAGUUAUCUUUUUGUGUCAUUGCUGUAAUCGAGGUUAACCAAACUCUCAGUGGUACUUUUGGCUUCGAUAUCUUUCUAAAUUGGGCUGUGGAAGUUGAAGGCGUGGCAGUUAUUGGUGAAGAAGUUUGCUAUUAUUCAUGCUUAGAUGAUCUUCAACAUGAUACUGCUGGUAGUUGUGAGUGGUUAAUUGGCUUUGGUCCUAAGAGAAUAACAACCUUGUGGACUAUUCACUGUCUUGAUGAUUUUGCUCCAGUGAGAUUCCCAAGGGUUACUUUAUGGAAGAAGCAUGAUCUUGCCAGUUUUGAAAUGGAAGCAAGUUUGCUCAUCCCUAAAGUUUUUAUGAUGAGGACUCGAGUUUCUGGCCCGCCAGUGAUGUGCUGUUUGGUUCAAUUAUUAUCAAGCAAUUCUUUUGCCUGGACACAGUUAUAUUCUCAAGCAUCAACUAUCAUAGAAGGAAAAUCUGCUAAUGGCAGUCAUACUGAAAGUCCUUUGACUGAUUGUGCCAAAGGAGUACUAGCUGUUGAGGGUCACACUGGAAACCUUUUACAAAUAGCAUUUCAUCCCUUUUCUUUUGAGGUUGAACUUGCUGCUUCUUUAGAUAGAAAUGGAAUGCUUAUUUUCUGGUCAUUUUCAACCUUUUUCAACAGUCAUAUAGGCUUGCCAACUUCAACUCCCUCCUUGAAAAUAUGUGGAAGAGCUUCUGUUUCUGAUCACUCUCCAAAUUAUACAUGCUUGAGCUGGGCUCCCACAUUGCUUGGUAAGGACCAAGUUCUUCUUAUGGGACAUGCUGAUGGUAUCGAUUGCUUUAUUGUUAAGACUCCAAAAAAUAAUGAAGAGAAAGUUGAUUUUCACAGUUUAUGCUCUAUUCCCUUCAGGAUUGAAGGUCAAGAACAAGGGCUAAGCAGAGUUUGCUCAAUCCCUUUGCCUUCUAGCUGUAGUGGAAAUUUGGUUUCGAGUAAAUUUCUGCUCGUAGCAUUAUGGAUGGAGAGUUUUCAGGCUUUAUCAUGGGAAAUAUCUAUCCAUUGUCAUGAUUUGCAAGGAAGCUGUUUCAAUGAGCAUUUGCAAACAUUUGAAAGCUAUUUUUCUGGUAAGCGAUACUCUGUAUCAUUGGAUCCUUGUUCGUCAGUUUUUCCUGUUCCUCACAAUGAUGACAAGGUUACAAGUUGUGCUGUUGUCUGCCUGAAUGAAUUGGUUUUACCUGUAGAGGAGCAGCUGUCUGCCGAAGACUUCGGCAGCUGCUUCUAUCCAUAUCACAUGAUAACUGGUUGCAGUAAUGGCAGUUUAAAACUGUGGAGGAGCAUGCCAGCUCAAUCCUUGAGCUCAGAUACAAACUGGGAUCUUGUGGGUAUGCUUAAUUCCGAGCAAGGUCCUGUCAUAGCAGUAUCUGCUAGCUCUUGUUGUAGAAAGAUUGCAACAGCAACAACAACCAAUAACCCAAAUUAUUCUAAUACAGUUAGCAUAUGGGAAUGCAUGCACUUCCAGAGUGCAGACAGCUUCAUGUUGGAAGAUAAACUAUGUUUUGAUGGGGAGAUUGUUGCUAUAAAUUGGCAGAGGUUGGGAAAUGGUCAGUUAUUACUUGCAGUUUGUUUGCGGAACGAAUUGAGAAUAUAUGCUUCGAGACGCCGUGGGGGUCAAGAUAUUUUGAAAUGUGAAAAGCCUUUGGAAGUAAAUGCGUGGAUCUGCAUUGCAGUUAAUAGUGCUUUGCCUGCUAUUUCUGACUUUCUCUGGGCCCCUAAAGGCACAGCGAUCACUGUUCAUGACGAGUAUUUCAGUCUUUUCAGCCACUUAUUAUUAUCAGAUACUGCUGGCUCCAACAAAACCAUGCUAUAUCCAUUUUUUGUCGACUCUGAAAUACCACCGAUGAAGAUUAUUAGAGGACAAUAUCAGCCGCAGGCCUAUGUGAAGAUGAAAAAUGAUGAAUUUAAGUCAACUGUAAAUGCUGAAAGCUAUCAAGCAAUGCCCGACUUACUUCCGAGAAUUCGUUUCUGGAGCAUGUCAGAUAUGGCAAAAGUCAUAGGAGGAUCCCUGCCUUUAUUUCACCCCGAGGCACUUUUGAUAAACUUGUCUUCAGGUAACUGGAAACGUGCAUUUAUAGCUUUGCGCCAUCUCAUUAAGCACCUUGCUUCUAGCAAUUUGUCUAAACAAGGACACGGUGCUAAAAUGUCGAGCAAUAUUAUUCCUCCAGUUCCCUUGUCAUAUUAUCUUGAAGGGCCUAUCUUAUCUGGUUCAACUGAUAAAUCAUUUGAAUGGAGCAGUUCGCAACUUCAAACAGGGUCAUUGCACUUUGCAUCUAGCGGUGGUUAUGAUGCACCUGAUACUGCUUUGACUUCAUCGUCGUCAAGAUCUGAAUUUAAUGACUUCAUCGAGUCUCUUGAGAGGUUGUAUAAUUAUAAACACAUAACUAAAGUUGAAAAGAUGCAGGCUCUUGCCCUAAUUAAUCUUUUACAAGAAGUUAGUAAUCCUCAAUCGACUUCUGCUUAUGGAAGCCUUGAUGAACCUGGUAGGAGAUUCUGGGUUGCUGUGAGGUUUCAACAACUAUAUUUUGCCCAAAGAUUUAGUAGGUUGCCACUAGUGGAAGAGUUCGUUGCUUCUUCAGGAGUUAUUGGAUGGGCUUUUCAUUCAGAUUGUCAUGACACUUUGUUUAAUUCUCUACUAUCAACAGAGCCAUCUUGGGAAGAAAUGCGAAGUAUGGGUGUUGGAUUCUGGUAUACAAAUGUGUCACAAUUGCGAGUGAAGAUGGAACGGCUGGCCAGACAACAGUAUAUGAAGAAGAAAGACCCUAAGGCCUGUAUACUUCUUUACACUGCAUUAAACAGGUUACAAGUUUUGGCUGGCCUGUUCAAAAUAAGCAAAGAUGAGAAAGAUAAACCAUUGGCUGGAUUUCUAACUAGAAACUUUCAGGAGGAAAAAAAUAAGGCAGCAGCUUUAAAAAAUGCUUACGUGUUAAUGGGAAAACAUCAGCUAGAGCUUGCAGUAGCUUUCUUUUUGCUUGGAGGAGAUGCAUCUUCAGCUGUUUCAUUCUGUGCUAAAAACCUUGGAGAUGAACAGCUUGCCCUUGUAAUUUGCCGUCUUGUAGAGGGGUAUGGUGGCCCACUAGAAUGCAAUCUUAUUUCGAAGUUUCUCCUCCCAUCUGCAUUAUCAAAAGGUGACUUUUGGAUGGCCAGUUUUCUAGAGUGGGUAUUGGGAAAUUAUUCUGGAUCUUUUUUUAGAAUGCUUGGUGUUGAAAUGGGCUCCGAGGUUAAUAUUUCUGUUCUUUCGUCUGCUCAUGCUUCUUUUCUGGAUCCAAGCAUUGGCCAAUAUUGCCUCAUGUUGGCUACAAAGACUAGCAUGAAAAAUGCUAUUGGGGAAGUUAAUGCUGCUGUUCUAUGCCAGUGGGCAGCUUUGAUGGUUGUUACCUCCUUUAGCAGAUGUGGUCUACCUCUCGAAGCACUGGAGUGCCUUCCUUCAUCUGUUAACCUCAUUGGUGGGUCUACUCAUGGGAGAAUGGUGCAUAACCCAACCUACAGUCUCCCCGUUGAAAUGGUGAAAUCAUAUAAAAGCUCCUCAAACUGGAUAUCAGAAGGGAUGUAUUGCCAUGCUAUAUCGCAUUGUAAGUUGUAUUUGGCCAUGCAGUACAUAUCAAACAUGUUAAGAGAACAUCCAAGCUGUAACACCAAUAGGCCAUCUUUUGGAGUAUUUAUAGAAAAUGAGAUUGAAAGUCAGGGAUUUGAGAAAUCACUGAAGGACUUUGAAGACAAUUUGAAUACAGAUAUUGCAUAUCUCCAGCAGAAAUUCUCUUUGGUUACCCGACGUUUAAUUAGCAUGGUUGUAUUAUCUUUGCACCAUAAUGGUUUAGGGUUUAUUGGACACCAUAUACUGCAAGAUUAUUUUCCGGAAUUUCAAUCUCAAGAAAAGAGUAUUCGGCCUGAUAAUUUACUUUUGUGUCGAUCUAAUCUCCUAUUAAAAGCUACUGAAGAAAUCUACUGCUUGUAUGUGAAAUAUGUUAUUACCGCUUGCAGAAAGUGCUCCAGCUCGAAAUAUUUUAUAAGGAAUAGUCUUGCUGGUGAAGGGCUUGCUUCAUGGGGUUUUUCUAAUCAGGGAAUGGAAUGGGCAUUUUGGUGUCUAAGAGCUAUGUUUCAGUUGUUUCUCAGAUCCUACUCCAAGGAUUAUUUGAAGUUACUUUUUUCUGUUCUUAGUUUGUUUGAAUACCACAUACUUUUUGCUUCAGUUUGGUUUCAAAAGAAUUUCAAAGCUCUUCUUGUAACUAUUAGACCUAUUUUGCUCUCAUUAAUGAGGGAGAGUGGUGCUUAUGAGAUCAAGAUGGAGGAUUUGAAUAGAGUUAUUGCGGACAUUGUAGGGAUGCUUGUUCAUGAUCCACUGUGUGUUGACUUAGAUACACUUGCUGAAAUCAAUGGACAAAAGCAAGAACAAAGUGGAGCAGUUCCAGACCACGUGAAGAUGUAUAUUAUGAGCACUUCUUUGUGGGUGCAUAUGUCUAAACUUUUGGAACAUCAAUUAACUAGAUUAUCCGAAGUGCUUAAUGAAAGUUGUUCUUCCCCAUCCCUGCCUGUAUUAGAGUCCAACAACAAUGAACUACAGUUGUCAAGCCCUUUGGUUGAGUUUCUAAAGCUCAACUGUGCAGAUAUUUCCUUCUAUUGUUCGAAGCAGUUUGCUACAUACCUGCUUCGAGAAGUAAAUUUGUCAAACAGAACUGACCUUUUCUACUUGGUAGAUAGUCUGUUUCAACGAGGAGCCGAAGAUCAGAUGGGUGGAAAUAGAAAAUUGUUGGACAAUUUAAACAAGUCAUUGGAUUUUGAACAAUUAUGGCAUAUUUGCACUGAUCGAAAAAUAAUUGGUGGAGCUCUUUUGCCCGAAUACCGUAAUUGGCUACUUUAUUUCAAGCAGAAGUCAUCUAGUGGAUGGAAUGAUGCAUAUUUAACUAUCACAAGAGAGUUUGAAUCCGAGGAAACUGGGGAUAAAGAAGAUAGACUUGAUGAUAGUCCUAGUCAUGCAAGUGGAUCACCUUUAGCAUGCCUAUCUCCAGAUGAUCAUCCUUUCAAAACUUAUGGUGACAAAGAUUUACAUGACUCAAAGAGGAUUAUUCCUUUUCAAAAUCCGAAAGAAAUAUAUAAGAGAAAUGGAGAACUUUUGGAGGCCUUGUGCAUAAACUCCCUUGAUGAAUGCCAAGCUGCAAUUUCUAGCAAUAGGAAGGGGAUAGUAUUUUUCAACUGGGAAGAUGGUGAUCUAUCUAAAGAUAACUCUGAAUAUAUCUGGGGAGAAGCUGACUGGCCCCAUGAUGGGUGGGCAGAGUCUGUGUCUACCCCAGUUCCCACAUAUGUUUCUCCUAGUGUGAGCCUGGGGAGUAAGAAUAGUGCACAACUUGGGUUUGGUGGAGCUACAAUAGGUUUAGAUGCAUCGGCAAGACCUGGUAAGGAUAUAACAGGUGGUGGAGCCUUUGGUAUCCCGGGUUAUGCUGGUGUGGGAGCAUCCAGCCUUGGUUGGGGGAUCCACGAAACUUUUGAUGAAUUUCUUGAUCCACCUGCAACAAUGGAUAAUGUCAGGACAAGAGCAUUUGCUUCUCAUCCAUCUAGGCCUAUGUUCUUGGUUGGUUCUAGCAAUACCCAUGUAUACCUGUGGGAGUUUGGCAAAGACAAAGCUACUUCUACAUAUGGUGUACUUCCGGCUGCAAAUGUCCCUCCGCCAUAUCCCAUUGCAUCUGUCUCAGCAGUGCGACUUGACCACUGUGGACACCGAUUCGUGACCGCUGCAUUAGAUGGAACUGUGUGCACUUGGCAGCUUGAAGUCGGAGGAAGGAGUAAUGUUCAUCCUACAGAAUCUUCUGUCUGCUUCAACAAUCAUACUGCGGAUGUGACUUAUGUUACGGCAAGUGGAUCAAUUGUUGCUGCUGCUGGGUACAGCUCCAAUGGUGUCAAUGUUGUCGUGUGGGACACACUCGCUCCUCCAGCCACGUCUCGAGCUUCAAUAAUGUGCCAUGAAGGUGGGGCCCGCUCCCUGUCUGUUUUUGAUAACGACAUAGGAAGUGGUUCUAUAUCUCCUCUUAUUGUAACUGGCGGGAAAAACGGUGAUGUUGGGCUUCAUGACUUCCGCUACAUAGCUACAGGAAGGACAAAGAAACAGAAGCAUUUGGAAACUGGGGAAAAUAACACACACGCUUCAUCUUCUGUUGAUCUGCGGACCAAAACAGGGGACCAAAAUAGAAACGGAAUGCUUUGGUACAUACCAAAGGCUCACUCUGGGAGUGUCACGAAAAUAUCCACAAUCCCAAAUUCAAGUUUUUUCUUGACGGGGAGCAACGAUGGAGAUGUAAAACUUUGGGAUGCAAAGAGGGCCAAGCUAGUAUUUCACUGGCCGAAACUACACGAAAGGCACACGUUUCUACAAUCUAGUUUUGGUGGAGUUGUCCGGGCUGGAGUUACAGACAUUCAGGUAGUAUCUCAUGGUUUCAUUACAUGUGGUGGAGAUGGUCUUGUCAAAUUUGUCAGGUUCCAAGAUAUCCCAAUGGACACAACAAUUUAAAAUCCAGAUCUUUUUUACUCCUUAUUGUCAAUUCACAAAUUUGUUACUCCUGUUAUUCUCGAGCGAAUUAUAAUCAGCGUUCUACACACUGAUAUUUUCCACUUCAAUGGGAAUCGAUAAAGAGUUUGAUCUAUUGUGGGCCUAACAGAAUGUUCAGCUCCUUUCUGGAGGAGGAGGAAGUUUGGAUCAACUGCACAUGUCUCUUAAUAUUAUCUGUUGGGUUAUAAGGUCAUUAGCUGAAGUAUUAGAUAAGUUUUGUAAAUUAUUUCAACUCGAAUGUGAACAAAACUUUUGUUCUUUUGAUAAGUGAAGUACUGGAAACUUUAAUCGAAA